UGAUUACACUCAUUUGAAUAAAUAUUAAUAAAAUCGCUGUAAUACGUUUUUAAUAAACGGUAAUAAAAUUUUAUUGUGCGGUCGAGUAGCCACACCUAUUUUUGAUAAACAUCAAAUAUGACAAUUAUGACAGAUGACAUAGAAGUGAGAAUUUUCAUUUGAUCGUUGAUUGAAAACAACAAUUUCGAUUUAUUUGUUAACGUUUUUCAAUUAUGGAAAGUGUGGAUAAACCAUUAAAUAGCGACUCGUCUAGCAACGAACUGGAUUUACCGUUUAAAUUCGAAAUCGACGAGCGGCUGAAAGAGAAAUUGCAAGACAUCCCGGAGGCGUUAGACUACAUCAAAAAACUCGAAAAAUUAAUCAAAAGGCAUUUAAAAAAGAUCAACAAACUCAGGAAUAAGCUAAAGAUAAGACACAAAAGUAAAGAUGCGGGUACACAAACGGAUUGUUUCGAGGACUCUGUACCGAAACAUCCUGGUUCGAAUUCCUGCGAAGAUUCUCAUAAAACUCUAGCCGAUGAUAUAAAAGAAGCGGCUGAAAUAGCAAUGCAAAAAACUGGUUUUGUUUACGAGGAAACGUCUGGUUUAUAUUACGAUUACAACACCGGAUAUUAUUAUAAUGCUGAGUAUGGUUUAUAUUACGAUGGAAAUACCGGGCAAUAUUUGCAAUAUAAUGCAGAGACCCAAACAUACGAUUUUCAUUCGCAAACUAGUUUACCCAUUGUAUCGGAAGCAAAGGAGAAAAAUAAAAGAAAAAAGAAGCAAAGACAAAAAACCAAAGUAAAGCCCUCCUCAGAUAUGGAUGAACUAAUGUUAACAUUCAAUAAUUUGAAAAUAAAUACUCUACGAACUACCGCCUUGGAUAUAUCGAAGAGUUGGCCGCCCUGUAUACGGAUAAUCGUGGAAUCUUCGGAGAUUCAGGAUCUGAAAGUCGGCUCUCUGCACAUCAUAACUUGCAGCGGCGGUACGAUCGGUCGUGAGGGACAACAUUCGAUACUCUUAAAGGACCCCAAUGCCAGUAAACACCAUUUGAAAAUCACCUUCGAUAAGGGCUCCUCUCAAUACCAAGCCGUCGAUUUAGGAUCUAGAAAUGGUACUCUAUUAAACGGCAAAAGAAUGUCUUCGUCGAAGCAAGAAAGCGAUGCCUUACCGAUAGCACACGGUAGUAAAAUCCAGAUAGGACAGACUGUAUUUUUAUGCCACGUACACGACGGUAGCCAAACGUGCGGUCAUUGCGAACCAGGAUUAAUACAAAUCGAUAGCGGUACUACCGGUACUAAACUAGAGAAAAACACCCGUUCGGACAGGCAUAAAAAGGAGCUGAACAAUUUGAAACAGUUGUACGGAGUGUCCGGUUACUACGAGGAAGAUUCGAAAUUGGCUAGCGGCUACACGGACAGGGCUCAAAAGAGGAGGGAUACAGUUGGUAGUCAGAAUCCCCAUGAAAAAACGCAGGUCGCUUCUGUGGAUGAGUCUAUUAAUAAAGAGAACAAAGGCUUCAAAUUGCUGUCGAAAAUGGGUUGGAAAGAAGGACAGUCGUUGGGGAAAACCGGAGAAGGUCUAUUGGAGCCGAUUAACUCGGUUUCGAAUAAAGGCACGACCGGUUUGGGCUCGGCUGUUGUCAUGCCGAUACCAACGAAUACUGGUAAACAAAUAAUGUGGAAAAAGGCUAAAGAACGAUUUCAAAAACUACCCGAGAGUAACGACGUUGUCGAUGAAUAGGCUAAGCUUUAAAUUGUUUAAGAAGGUAUUGUUGUUAUGUGUUAAUAAAUCGACUUAACUCCAUCAAGAAAUACGUUUGUCGAUUGGUAUUUACGAUGUAAAUGAAGUGUU